CCUUAAUACUGUUUAGUCAGUUACCGGCCUGAGGGAUAUUGAGUUUAAACUAGUCAUUAACGAGAAAACUCCUUGGGGACCAGGGCAGUCCCACCCCAACACUAUAAAACGUCCUUUAUUCUAUACAGUGUAUGUUACAAAGCCUCAUUUACACUCUGAAACACUUCUGUUUGUGUAUCCAAAAGUUUUGCAAUCAUGAGUUUCUUGACAUCAGUUGUUUCUCAAAGCAGCUGGUUCUGUUCCAACACAUGCUUCCACUCUGGACACCAGCAAGUUUCCAAUCCGAUAAUUCCCUAUGUUGGACCAAUAAUAGCUGGUGGAUUAAAACCAGGAAUGGCUCUCUAUAUCCAAGGGGUUGUUCCCGAUAAUGCCAACCAAUUUUCAAUAAAUUUCCAAACAGGACAGAAUAAAUUCGACGACAUCGCUUUUCACUUCAACCCCUGGAUCGGUCAACAUGUGUAUUUGAACAGCUUCCAAAAUGGAAACUGGGCGGUGAAGGAUUGCGUCCCUGAUGAGUCAUUCACUAAGGGAGCAGCCUUCAAUAUGUUCAUUGUCAUCACAACAGAUGGUUACGAGGUUUAUGUGAAUGACUUAAAACACUACAUGUUCCAGCAUCGCAUUCCUUUAGACAAAGUAACUACACUUGCUAUUUGCGGCGACGUUAGCAUCGAUUUUUUUGGUUUGUGCGAAAACUGGAGAAGAUCAGGCUUUACAGAGCAAGCAGUUAGCACAGGGAGCUCUAACUCUUUUUUUAACAUCCUACCAGUUCCUUCUGAGAUGUCACAUUUAAUCAUUCAACCUGUACUUCCCCAUGUGGGUAAAAUCAGGGACAGGUUAAAACCAGAGAUGGCUAUAUUUUUCCAAGGAGCUCUUCCUGCACAUACCAAAGAGUUUGAGAUAAAUUUCCAAACAGGGCAGUCUGAUAGUGAUGACAUCGCUUUUCACUUCAACCCACAUAUUGGGCAAUAUGUCUGCCUGAACAGUUUCAGGAAUGGAAUUUGGGAGAAGGAGGAACGUGUCUCUGAGGAACUCUUUACCAAGGGAGCGGCCUUCUAUAUGUUUGUUGUGAUCGGUUCAGAGGGCUAUGAGGUUUAUGUAAACGGCUUGCAGCACUGUAGGUUUGAGCAUCGCGUUCCUUUAGAGAACGUUUCAACUAUUAGCAUUUAUGGAGACGUUAUUAUCCCCAUCUACGGAUUCAUCGAUAACUGGAACAGAUCUUUUACUUUUACCGAUUUUUUAAAAAUCACAGGCAUGGGAAGCUCAGUCCCGAGCUUGUUACCCGUCCUCUCAGAGAUUUCCCAUCCAGUCAUUCUUCCUACAAUUCCUUAUGUGGGUACAAUCAGAGGAGGAAUAAAACCAGAUAUGGCUGUAUUUUUUCAAGGCACUCUUCCUGCACAUGCCAAAAAGUUUACUAUAAAUUUCCAAAAAGGGCCGUCUGACAGUGACAGUGACAUUGCUUUCCAGUUCAAUGCCCUCAUCGGUCAAUAUAUCAACCUGAACUGCUUCAGAAAUGCAAGCUGGGAACAGGAGGAAACUACACCUGAGAAACUAUUAACCAAGGGAGCAGCUUUCAAUAUGUUUAUAAUCAUCAGUACUGAGGGCUAUGAGGUGUGCUUCUUAAACAAAUUUCUACAUUUACAUUGA